CUGGAUAGUCGUUAGUGUAGAUUGUGGAAUCGUGAGUGACCCGUGAUGAGCAGAGAUUCUUAGUCGGAGAACCAUGAGAGAUGUUAUAGUGUAUUUAAGUGUAUUAAUUUUGACUUUGUGGCUACCAUGUGGAAAUUUAGCAACAGAUGACCCGUAUGUGCGUGGGAAACGUAUGGGACCACCUGGUGGUCAUGGAAGAGGACCUCCUGGAGGUGGUUUCGGAGGACCUGGUGGUCCUGGACGUGGACCACCAGGAGGUGGUUUCGGAAGACCUGGAGGACCCGAGAAAGGAGGAUUUGUCGGAUCUGAAUUUGGUUCUCCAGAUGGUAACUUUGGUGGUGGUCAUCCAGGUGGUGGUCAUUCAGGUGGUGGACCUCCGGGCGGUGGACCUCCGGGCGGUGGACCUCCGGGUGGUAGAGGCCCACCGGGAGAAAGAGGACAUCAAGGCCAUCCAAAUGAACCACCAAAUCAUAACGAUCCACCAGGUCCAGGUCCAGGAAGACCAGGCUUUGGAGCUCACGGUGAUCCUCCAGGUCCUCCUAGUCAUGGCAGAGUCCCAGGUCAAUUUCAACCAGAUCAGGAUCCACCUAAACCACCUGGUCAUGAAGUUUCAUCUGGACAAAACAACGAACAACUUACCAACACUCCUGGAUCAUCUCCAAUUGUUACCAAUCGGAACAGAUGCAAAGAAAGCGACUUCACUUGCGGAAGUGGUGAAUGCUUCCCAAGCCUCGUCAGAUGCGACAACGUGCGAAACUGCCAAGACGGUAGCGACGAAUUUAAUUGUAAAGAAGUAGGAACUUCCACCGCUCCUGCCGAAGCGUCAGCAGCCGUAACGGGUUGCACACUUCCGGAAGUGCCGGAAGGCGGAAGCUAUGAGCUUGGUGGUUGUACAAAUCCUUGUAGCAAAGUACCAGGUGACAAAGUACCCAAGAAUAGUAUCCUUACAUUCACCUGUGACAGUGGCUACACGUUACAAGGCAAUACCAUAUCCUUUUGUCUCAACCAAGAAUGGUACAAGCCACCGGUAUGUUUGAAAACUUGUCCCCCACUCAAAAGUACUAGUGUUGACAUAACCUGUACAUAUCAAGGCAGCAUUGUACCUUGCGAAGGUACACUUGUACCAGAUACAAAAGCAACACUGGCUUGUAGGAGUUCAUACAAAAUUUCUUUGUACGAGGAUCCUGGGUACAGAGAAUUGACGUGUUUAAAAGACGGCAUUUGGGAUCGUCCGUUAUUCCGUUGUCUUCCAGAAUGCGGAACUGCUGUAGCGCAUGGUAACACCUUGAUAGUAAAUGGAUUCACUGCCAAAGUUGGCGUCUUCCCUUGGCACGUUGGUAUCUAUGAAAAAGCACACAACGGCAAUUACGAACAAAUUUGCGCCGGGACGCUAAUUAGCAACAAUCUUGUUCUUUCCGCCGCUCAUUGCUUCUACGACGAAGGUAACGGCGUGGCUAAGGACGCAUCGAAUUAUGCAGUUGCAGCUGGUAAACAAAAUCGCAGCUGGGCAGCUGUUGAGAAUUACGUGCAAAAAUCGAAUAUCGAAAAAAUCGAGUUACCCAGUCGAUACAUGGGAGCACGUGGAAAUUUUGCCUUGGACAUUUCUAUACUUAAAUUAUCGACACCCUUUGUAUUAACAGCGUUGGUCAGACCGAUUUGUUUAGACUGGGACAAUAAAUACGAGCGAGAACAAUUGCAAGUUGGGCAAAGUGGCAAAGCUGUUGGUUGGGGUAAAACGGGAAGUGGUUUACCCAGCGAGGAUUUGCAGGAAAUUAAUUUACCAUUUAUACCGUUUCACGAGUGUCUGUCGACGGUGCCAAAUGAUUUUCGUCCUUUCAUAACCUCCGACAAAUUUUGCGCGGGAUAUUUGAAUGGUUCCAGUCUCUGCGAGGGCGACAGUGGGGGAGGACUAUGUUUUGAGAUGCAAGGAAUAUGGUAUCUACGUGGUAUAGUCAGUGUUAGUCCAGUCAAGGAUAACAGCUGUGAUUAUAAUUCCUACACAGGCUUCACUUACAUUAGUCACUUCAGGGAUUGGAUCCGUUCCGCUUACGUGACUUCUUGAGAAAAAUGAAGAAAUACAAAAAAAGGCAUUUUUAUGGUAAGAUUGUAUUUACUUCGAUAUUAGAAUUUUUUCUUGAUAAUAAUCAUACGUGUUAACUAUUUAACCUAGUAUACAGAAAAUUUUGCUCUAUACGACGCAUACAGUGAAACGUUUAGUCAGAAUAAAAUUCAACACAGCAAGGACCAGGUGUAAUUAUUAAAAUUGUAUAAAAAUAUUUGAAAAAUUGAUAAACAAAAAA